CGUGGCCCCCCCAGCCCUUCCACCCCGGUUUCCUCUUUCUGGUCCCAGAGUUUAUGGCUUAGCCCACUGUCUAGAUCAUGCACAGAAACUCUCGCGAGUGGGUUUUCUACGUGUUUCUCUGCUUUGGAGUCAUCUAUGUCAAACUGGGAGCUCUGUCGUCUGUGGUGGCUCUAGGCGCCAACAUCAUCUGCAACAAGAUCCCGGGCCUGGCGCCGCGGCAGAGAGCCAUCUGCCAGAGUCGGCCGGAUGCCAUCAUCGUGAUCGGGGAAGGGGCGCAGAUGGGCGUCGACGAGUGCCAGCACCAGUUCCGCUACGGACGCUGGAACUGCUCCGCCCUGGGAGAGAAGACCGUCUUCGGACAGGAGCUGCGCGUCGGGAGCAGGGAGGCUGCGUUCACCUACGCCAUCACAGCAGCCGGGGUGGCCCACGCCAUCACGGCCGCCUGCAGCCAGGGGAACCUCAGCAACUGCGGCUGCGACCGGGAGAAGCAGGGCUACUACAACCAGGAGGAAGGAUGGAAGUGGGGAGGCUGCUCGGCCGACGUCCGCUACGGCAUCGACUUCUCCCGGAGGUUCGUGGACGCCCGCGAGAUCAAGAAGAACGCCCGGAGGUUGAUGAACCUGCACAACAAUGAGGCUGGGAGAAAGGUCCUGGAAGAGCGAAUGAAACUGGAGUGCAAAUGCCACGGCGUGUCGGGGUCCUGCACCACCAAGACGUGCUGGACGACCCUCCCCAAGUUCCGCGAGAUCGGCUACGCGCUGAAGGAGAAGUACAACGCGGCCGUCCAGGUGGAGGUGGUGCGGGCCAGCCGGCUGAGGCAACCCACCUUCCUCAAGAUCAAGCAGAUCCGCAGCUACCAGAAGCCCAUGGAGACCGACCUGGUCUACAUCGAGAAGUCGCCCAACUACUGCGAGGAGGACGCCGCCACGGGGAGCGUGGGCACCCAGGGCCGCCUCUGCAACCGCACGUCCCCCCACGCCGAGGGCUGCGACAUGAUGUGCUGCGGGCGCGGCUACAACACGCACCAGUACACCAAGGUGUGGCAGUGCAACUGCAAGUUCCACUGGUGCUGCUUCGUCAAAUGCAACACGUGCAGCGAGAGGACAGAGGUGUUCACCUGCAAAUAGGGACGGGCGCCCGCGUGGGCGGAUUCCGUCGGACGGGGCGCGGCCGGCCGCCGGCCAAGACGGCGGGAGGCCCGCUCGGCGCCGAGAGCAUCAUUUUGCACAACGAGCUUUCUCGGGGGAAGUCGAGGAACGGCCCCCUCCCUAUCUCUCUCUCUCUCUGCCCGCCGCGGCCUCCCCACGCUCCCGGGGAGACACCCCCUCCGGUAGGCCCUCGGGACCCUCUACCGUUGGGGAACACGAGGGCGGCGGGGAGCGUUCCGGCCCCGAGAUUCCCCCCCUCCCCGCCGACCGCCCGGCGCUUGUCUCUUCUCAGUGCAUCCUGGGCAUCGCCCCCACCUUCUGACCCGAGGUCAAAGUCCUACAUAUCAGAGAGUCCACGUGAACGAGUCCCAUCCGGUACUUGGUUUGGAAAACCCAACGGUCCUCUCCCCUUCCCUUCUCGCCCCCACCGCCUUUUUGGAGAGAAAAGGAAACUGAGACUUUGCCAUUUUUUUGCCUAGGCGAGGCGGAAGAAGUUUAGAAAAACGACACCGGGGGGUUUUGACCACUGUUUGGGAGCAGACCGGUUGGCGCGGGGACGGCGCGGGGGAUGGAGAGAGGGGCGAAACCUUGGAAAGACACCACUGUCGGCCGAGCGAGCCUCGUGAAGGAGGCCAGCGGUCACUGCCGGUGACACUGGAGCUGUGCGAAUGGACACUGAAGGGAAGUAUUUAUGUUUAAUACCAUCCGAAAGAAUUCUAAGCACUAA